AUGUCACAUCAGCAGUCCCCAAAACACCUGCCGUGCAGUCUGACGACGGUCGAGAAGAGCCUCCUUGUCUCCUGCUGCAGCGCUGCCCUCACGACAAUGCGCACCCAAGUCAACUCUGUAGCCCCACCCACCCAUCCGGCUAUAGAGCGGACUGCAGCUGCCCUGUAUGUAGAGGAAGAGGAGGAGGAGGAGGAGGAGGAGGAGGAGGAGGAGGAGGAGGAGGAGGAGGAGGAGGAGGAGGAGGAGGAGGAGGAGGAGGAGGAGGAGGAGGAGGAGGAGGAGGAGGAGGAGGAUGGGGAGGACGCAGCAGCAGCAGAAGCAGUAGCAGGAGCAGUACCACCAGCAGCGCCACCAGCACCAUCAGCAGCAGCAUCAGCAGAGGUGAGGGAAGAAUUUGUUGUUGAGACUCCUCCAACAUUGUUCUGGCAAACCAAUCACAGUGCAGGAAGGCUGCCAGCGCACCGGCUGAGCCUCCCCCAAAUAGGACGUGCGAUGCCGCCCGCAGGUUGUGGUGCUGCAGGAGAUGGUUUACAACGGCCGGCAUGA